ACUACAUGCUGCUGAGGAUAAAACUAGAUUUUCACUAGAUAUUUUCCAAGAGUUAAUUACAUUUGUGUCCCUUCCCUUGGUCCUUAUUUUCUUGUAUUGAUAGUGAUACUACUUUUCCUACCUUCAUUCACAGCCACUCUCAAACUCUGCAAACUUCUCAAUCUUCUAACUGCGUUGUGUGAAGCAUGGCUGAACAAAUUCCAUACGGUGUUGCUACAAGUCUCUUUAACAGGUUGGCUUCUGCGGCCUUUCGUGAACUUGGACGGAUUUAUGGUGUUAUGGAUGAAUUGGAAAUACUCAAGAACACAGUUGAAUCCAUCAAAGCUGUCCUCCUUGAUGCUGAAGACAAACAAGAGCAAAGUCAUGCUGUACAAAACUGGGUUAGAAGGCUCAAAGAUGUGCUUCUUCCUGCUGAUGAUUUGAUAGAUGAGUUUCUUAUUGAAGAUAUGAUACAUAAAAGGGAUAAAGCUCAUAACAACAAAGUGACUCAGGUAUUUCAUUCCUUAUCCAUAAGCAGAGCUGCUUUUCGCCGUAAAAUGGCUCAUGAGAUUGAAAAAAUACAAAAAAGUGUUAAUGAUGUUGUGAAAGAUAUGUCUGUGUUGAAUCUUAACUCCAAUGUUGUGGUGGUUAAGAAAACUAAUGAUGUAAGGAGGGAAAGUAGUUCUUUUGUGUUAGAAUCAGAGAUUAUUGGAAGAGAAGAUGAUAAAAAGAAGAUUAUAAGCUUGUUGAGGCAAUCACAUGAAAAUCAGAAUGUCUCCUUGGUUGCUAUUGUUGGUAUUGGUGGUUUGGGAAAGACAGCUCUUGCUCAAUUGGUAUACAAUGAUGAUCAAGUGCAAAAUUUGUUUGAAAAGAGUAUGUGGGUAUGUGUCUCGGAUAACUUUGAUGUCAAAACUAUUCUGAAGAACAUGGUUGCGUUGUUAACCAAAGACAAUAUUGCAGAUAAGAAUUUAGAAGAGUUGCAGAAUAUGCUUCGAGCCAAUUUGACUGGUACGAGAUACUUGUUAGUCUUGGAUGACAUUUGGAACGAGAGUUAUGAAAAGUGGGAUGAAUUGAGGACUUAUUUGAUGUGUGGUGCUCAAGGCAGUAAGGUUGUAGUGACAACUCGUAGUAAAAUUGUGGCACAAACAAUGGGUGUAAGUGACCCCUAUGUUUUGAGUGGUUUAACUCCAGAAGAAUCUUGGGGUUUGUUAAAGAAUAUUACCUUUCCGGAUGAUGCCAUUGGAGUGAACCAAACUCUUGAACCAAUUGGAAAGAAGAUAGCAGAAAAGUGCAAAGGAGUUCCAUUAGCAAUUAGAUCACUGGGAGGCAUAUUACGAAGUAAAAGGGAAGAAAGGGAGUGGAUCGAUGUCUUACAAGGUGACUUUUGGAAAUUGUGCGAGGAUAAAGAUAGCAUCAUGCCGGUCCUAAAAUUGAGUUACAAUAACUUGUCGCCUCAACAAAGACAAUGUUUUGCUUAUUGCUCUAUAUUUCCUCAAGAUUGGAAAUUGAAGAAGGAUGAGUUAAUUCAAAUGUGGAUAGCACAAGGAUAUCUUGGAUGUUCAGUUGAAGAGCAAUGCAUGGAAGAUGUUGGUAAUCAAUUUGUAAAUAUUUUCUUGAUGAAUUCAUUCUUCCAAGAUGCAGAAUUGAAUGACGAUGGUGAUGUAUCUGGUUUUAAAAUGCAUGAUUUAAUGCACGAUCUUGCAACACAAGUAGCUGGCAAUGAUUGUUGUUACUUGGAUAGUAGGGCAAAAAGAUGUCUAGGAAGACCUGUGCAUAUAUUAGUGGAAUCUGAUGCCUUUUGUAUGUUGGAAUCGUUGGAUUCAAGUAGGCUGCGAACUUUGAUUGUGUUGGAAUCCAAUCGGAAUGAAUUGGAUGAAGAGGAAUUUUCAGUCAUUUCCAAUUUCAAAUACUUACGCGUCUUGAAGCUGAGGUUGCUGGGUAGUCAUAAAAUGCUAGUUGGUUCCAUUGAAAAAUUGAAGCAUUUAAGGCAUCUUGACUUGACACAUUGUGAUGGACUAAAAAUUCAUCCCAAAUCUACGAGCAAUCUUGUUUGUUUACAAACAAUAAAAUUGUUAAUGUGUGUUGGACUUUCUCGAAAAGUUCUUUCAAAAUUAAUCAAUUUGAGACACCUUGUGAUAAAAGGAUCUAUGACCUUCAAAGAUGAGACACCGUCUAGAUUUAAAAAAUUGAGCAUACAACAAUAUAAGGGUCUGACUUUGUCCAAUUGGACUUCUCCACUCACAAAUAUAAAUGAAAUAUAUCUUGAUGGUUGCUUAAAUUUACGAUAUCUCUCACCCUUGGAACACCUUCCAUUCCUUAAGUCACUAGAGUUACGUUAUCUUCUUCAAUUGGAGUACAUAUAUUACGAAGAUCCUAUUCUUCAUGAAUCAUUCUUCCCAUCUUUGGAGAUCCUACAACUUAUUGCUUGUUCCAAGCUAAAGGGAUGGAGGAGGAUGAGAGAUGAUUUGAAUGAUAUUAACUCUUCACAUCAUCUCUUGUUGCCUCACUUUCCUUCUCUUUCUAAAUUGACAAUUUGGUCUUGCGAGAGGUUGACUUUCAUGCCUACUUUUCCAAACAUUAAGAAGAGAUUAGAAUUGGGACUUGUCAAUGCGGAGAUAAUGGAAGCAACACUAAAUAUAGCAGAGUCACAAUAUUCGAUUGGCUUCCCUCCUCUUUCCAUGCUCAAAUCCUUGAAAAUUAAUGCUACCAUUAUGGGUAUCGAAAAAGCUCCGAAGGAUUGGUUUAAAAAUCUUACUUCUCUUGAGAAUCUUCACUUUUACUUUCUUAUGAGUAAAAACUUACAAGUAAUUGAAAUGUGGUUUAAAGAUAACCUCAAUUGUCUUCCUUCUCUCCGAACAAUCAACUUUGAGGGUAUUGUUGGUGACGUUGUAAAGGCAUUACCAGAUUGGAUAUGCAACAUCUCAUCACUUCAGCAUCUUAAGGUGAAGGAAUGCAGAGAUUUGGUAGAUCUGCCUGACGGAAUGCCACGCCUUACAAAAUUACAUACCUUAGAAAUCAUUGGAUGUCCACUCUUAAUUGACGAAUGUCAGAGAGAAGCAAGUGUAACUUGCUCUAAAAUUGCUCACAUCCCAAACAUCAUCACAAGGGGUGAUUAGAAAGGUACCGACUAUUAUGUUUGGUCUUUGUUGUUUAGUUUUAGGAUUUAGGGAAGAUUUGUGAAGAUGGCUGCUCUAGAUAUUCAAGUUUUUUAUUUUUAUGAAUGAUUAUUAGUGAAUUUCUUUAGCUUAUUUUGUUAAUGUUAUUUUGUA